UCCCUAUUCCCGGAGUUGGUGAACACUCUUGAACUUUUUACUCUGACAGAAACUUCUCACACAUUCCCAGUCCGAAAACGGUUUUACACAUUGGAAUUAGGAGCAAGAAUCUGGCUUUAAUUCUUCAGAGAACCUUGCUGCGAAGGCGCUCGGCAGUGAGGGGAGCAGCAAUGGCUCUGACAGAAACCAUGCUACCUUCCAUUGCGACUUUUGCCAGCCAUGAAACGUUGGUGCAAAAGCAAACCGAGAUGAUCAACAGGUGGAAGAUUGACGAACCCGUCUCCGUCUCCAAGUGUGGCUAUCAGACAAGACCCACCAACAACGCCGCCUUCAACUCUCUUGAAACCCAUCCCGUCAAAAAAGAGGAAGACGACUUGGGGAAUUUCGUGGAUUUGGAUUUUAUUUUAUCCAACACGAUGGGCUCUGAGCCCAGGAGCACGGGAGGGCACCAUUCAGCCUAUCCCCUGCCGGAAACUCCUGAGAGUUGCGGCACUAUGUAUGAGAACGAUGGCCCUUACCCUCCCUCAAAUAACUUUGGCAACAGCAACUUUGCUGGGAGUCCAAACCAAAGCCUGGUGGCUGAACUGCUCACACCGGAUUUGCCGAACACCUUCCCGGGUGCAUGCGAGGUUAAUCAGGACUUUGGCAUCAAAUCUGCUUUGGAAAUAAGAGAAUACACAGAACUGAGGUCUCCCAACAUGGGCAACACCGUGCCAAGAUCCAUCCCCAUGGAUAUUCAGCACCUGAGCCACAAGAUGAAGCGGGAGCCGCAAGCCAAUCAGUCCUGUAUGCAUGCAGGAACAUCGUCGGGACUAUUGAUUGAUCAGAAGCCGAACCUCAUUCCAUUGCGCCAUCAUUCCCAUCCGCAUCAGCAACCGCAGCAACAGCCAGUGCACCGCCAGACCUUUAGCCACCACAGACUCCCUCACGUAGGCCAACUGGUGCCCAAGGAUUACCAGGCAAUCCCAGACGUGCACCGCCCCCCCAACAUCUCCGUGCCUCAUCAGUAUCAUAUAGGCGCCUCCUACCCGCCCCAUUACGGCCAGCCUGCGGCGCCCCAGUUUCACGGGCAGUUCAACGUCUACCGAGACCCUCGGAAGGUGCACGCAGGCAUGCACGGGAUGAUGCUGACCCCGCCAUCGUCCCCUCUGCUGGACUUCUUCCCUCCCGUAUCCGCCCCGGAGGACAGUAAGCCCAAGCGGGGCCGCCGAUCCUGGGCCAGGAAACGCACCGCCACUCACAACUGCGAGUUCCCUGGCUGUGGCAAGACUUACACCAAGAGUUCGCACCUCAAGGCGCACAUGAGGACUCACACAGGUGAGAAGCCCUAUCAUUGCAAUUGGGACGGAUGUGGCUGGAAAUUCGCGCGAUCCGAUGAAUUGACUCGCCACUAUCGCAAACACACUGGUCAUCGCCCCUUUCAGUGCCACCUCUGUGAGAGGGCGUUCUCCAGAUCUGACCACCUUGCCUUGCACAUGAAGAGGCACAUGUAAACAGCGAGGGCGUGUUUAGGCAUACUAUUUAUACAGAGAUUAUUAUUUACAAAAUUUUGAUACUGGGUAAUGGCUAUUUUAUGUAUAUAAAGGAUCUUUUUUUAAAAAAAAGAAGCACUAAAUUAUUACUCAGUAUUUAAAAUAAAAUCUCUUGUCACCCGGAUAUGUCUUCCAGAGAGAAAACAAAAGUAUUAGAACUAAAGACAAUAAAUUCAGCUGAAGAGGGAAUGGGUGGGGAGGCUUUUAUGCAAAAGAAAUAGGGCCGGACCCAGUUGUACAUUCAAUGUGUAUAUAGCCUAUAUUGUUUGGAUUGAAAUUCAAUGCGUAAGCAAUUUAAAUGAAGCAAAGAUAUAUUGCUGUUCUAAGAUGUAUUAUUGCGGAUUCUCUAGUACUGGAGCUUAUUUACUUUGUGAACUGUUCACUUAAUAGACACAAGUUAAAUUAAAGUCCAUUUUGUUUUGAACCUUUUUCUGUUUGGAUUGGGCAGGGCGUUGGUUCAAAUUGGCACCAUCUUUGACGAGGAAAUGACCCAGGUACUGCCUCCAAUGAAGUUGUUGAACUAUUUUUUAUAUAUUUUUUGUUUGCUUUGUAUAAAGAAAUACUUGAAAAAAAACUACAGUGAAUACAACGACAAAAGCAGUGUAAACAUUCUCGUAGUACGGCUCGCCUUCUUGUCACAGUUCUCGAUAUGAAAGCAAAAGAAAGUGGCGUAUGCAGAUAAAGUUGAAAUAUCGAAAGAACCGUUCAAAGUGCAAUAUGUGUGUAUGUGUGUUUUUGUGCGUCUGUGCGUGUGUGUUUAUCCUGUAAUCGGGUCCUUCUGUUGACACCGAGUUAUCAAACACUGGAAGCUAACUGCUGUUUCACGGAUGGGAAGUUCUUGGUAAUACAAAGCGAGCAAUUACUAUAUCAUUAUCAGGUAUCUCCAAUGGAUUCGUUGUAUUCGUUUUCUUUUGUUUAUAUUACAAAUAAACUGUUUAA